GUUCACAAACAACACAGCAACAACAAUUACAGCAUAAGAAAACAAAUAAUUACUUGACACAUUGGAAACAAUUAACAACAAAAAAACAAGCAAACUGGAAUGCUAUUUGGCCCUAAACAGAAAGUUGAGAGCAGACUUGAGUGAAACCAUGCCGAAAGAGACUCUGACGAUCAUUCUCCUUUUACUCUGUGCUGGGCUUCCAGCUGACUGUGGAGCAAUAGAGUUUCCAGUACUCCAUUCUGAUAUAGCCGGCUGUAUGAAAACGACAUGUGCCAGGAGUAUCAAUGCCUGUGUGGACACACACGGACAGGCCCCCACAGAACAGCUCAAGGGUUGUAUUGUCCGCAAGUGUAGGAAAAUCACCAACCGCUGUGUAGAUCAAUUCUUACAACAGUACCUGCCCCUGUUAUUGGCACAAAAUCCCAAAAUGUCCUCAAUUGUCGAACAAAAUGCCGAGCUGUUCAUGGCUGAAAUGACAGAUGCUUAUCUUGAAUGCUGGCUGGAGACAACAGACUCCGAGGUCGGAGGUUGUUUUAUGUACAGACUCAUUGAUAAGGUACAGCCGUUCAUUACCCCGUUGUCUGCAUUGAUCUUUGAUGAUCCAGUCGUUGUGAGCUGUUGGCUCUCCCAUGCUUUGAAAGGAAUGGUAAGCUGCUAUGGUCAGCUGGAUGACAACUACAUCAAGGAACUGAAAAAAAGAGCAGAGAGAGAGAUGAAAGACAAUAUGUUACGUUAUAUGACAUGCAUGAGCAAACCUAUGAAAAACUGGAACUGGUGUAAAGGACUCUUUGAUGAUCUUCUUGCUUCGUCACCAAAGAGGAAACGCCAGUACAAAGACUUCCUCAUCUGUUCAAUCCACAAUGGGAUUACCGCAACAGCGAAAUGCUAAAACCUGUUUGACGAGGGGAAAGUUAUGCAUUUGCAGGUUUCCAAAGCAACAGGUGACCAGUAGAAACACUGGAAACACUAGAAUGAAUCAUCCACAAACACUA